AUGGCAUGUUGGAUAGUGACACUGCAAGGUGGUCCAAAACGAACGACACAAGCAGCGGUUGCCUUAAAUGAUAAGAUUUAUGCAUUUGGUAGUUGCUGGUGUACCGAACCUGCCGAAACCUUUGGUGUACACGUUUUAAAUACUAUUGAUUAUCGUUGGCAACGAGUACCAACACGAUUAUUUCAACCAAAUCCAUCACAGCAAUUUAUCGAUGAUUCAGGACAAAUUUAUGAGCCAUAUGGUGAAAGUCCAGUUCAUCGAGUUGGUCACAGUGUUGUUGAAUAUAAGGGUAAAAUUUAUUUGUGGGGCGGUUUUUGUCAUGAGAUAGGAGUGCUAUGCUCAAAGAUGUAUUGCUUUGAUCCAGAAGAGCGAACUUGGUCAGUAAUUCCAUGUGCUAGUGGCGAAGCAACCGGACGUGAAAAGCAUACAGCUGUGGGUGAUAUACCACGAGCACGAAUGAAUCAUACAGCAUGUGUCAUUGAUGAUAAGAUGUAUGUGUUUGGUGGCGUUGACUUCUUACAUCAAGAAUUAUACCUGAAUGUGUUGGAUUUACGGCAUUGUUACUGGGAGACACCGGAUGUCACCGGUGAAAGACCGUAUGGAUUAGUAGAUGCAUGCUGCUGGGUAUAUAAUAAGCAAAUGUAUAUAUUUGCUGGUUGUCGACAUGAAGAUGAUCAAUAUAUACCGGGACUCUUUCGAUAUGAUCCGGAAAUAUCGGUGUGGCGUAAAAUGCAUCCAUUUGGUUUGAAAGGUCCAAGCGGACGACAGCGCCAUUGUGGUGUGAUCGUUGGUGAUUGCGCUUAUGUAUUUUGUGGUCUCGCACAACUCAUUUCCUAUAAUGAAAUGCUUGGCUUUGGUUGUUUACUGGAAAUGUGUGAUCUCAAUGUUCUCAAUUUCAAUUGGAAAUUGAAAGAUCUUGCAGCAAUUGCCGUACUACGAUAUCAAUUACCUAGAACAAGUUAUAAUCUUCCACUUGAAUUAAGAAUUCAUCUUGAUAUGAUGACAACACCGAAUCAUGUUUUAUGA